AUGCUCAAAUUUAACGAGUUAGACUUUGAUGUUGUAAGGCUAAUAGGAAAAUUUGGUAAAAGUGUUGUCUCAAAGAUUUUUAAAAAAGCGGUAAAUUCCAUAGCAAAUACCUUCAUUAUGGGAGAUUUUAUAAAGUCUGGUGUAGAAAAUGCAAAGCGAUACGAGAAAAAUGGGCAAAGAGUUUCAUACGAUAUACUUGGAGAGUCAUCAAGAAAUAUAGAGCAGGUUGAGAGUUAUUACUCGCAUUAUCUAACGGCUGUAGAUGUAGUAGCGGGUGAUAAAAAGUGGGAAGAUUGCUAUAGUUGUCCUAGUAUCUCUGUAAAGCUUUCUGCCCUUCAUCCAAGAUUUGAGUUGCUCCAAAGAGAGAGGGUGUUUAGAGAAUUAUUGCCAAGAGUUGAGAAUAUAGUGAGGCAAUGUGCAGCGAAAAAUAUAUCUGUAACAUUUGAUGCAGAGGAAGCAAACAGGCUAGAUAUGUAUCUUGCGCUUCUGACAAAGUUUAUCUCAAGUGAAGAAUUCUCAUUCUAUAAUGGUAUAGGCUUUGUUGUGCAAGUGUAUCAGAAACGUGCAUUUCCUGGUGCUUACUGGGAUUUUGAAGUAAAAAAUGCUCAAGAACUGGGUUUGGUGGAUUACCCUGUUUUUACGUGCAAAGAAUUCACUGAUAUAUCAUAUCUUGCAUGUGCUAAGAAGAUUUUAGCUCAUAAGCAAUUCAUAUAUCCACAAUUUGCUACACAUAAUGCAUAUACGAGUGCAGCUAUUCAGGAUAUGGGUGAUAAGGAUGAGUUUGAGUUUCAAAAAUUGCACGGAAUGGGUGAUGUCUUGCAUGAUAUUGUGAUAGAGCAAGGGUAUAUUUCUAGAAUCUAUGCUCCUGUGGGUGCAUACCACGAUUUGUUGGCAUAUCUUAUGAGGAGAUUGCUUGAAAACGGGGCUAUAUAUACGUCAUUUUUACACAUAGUGCAUAGGAAGUGUGAUUCGUUGCAAGGCGUUGAAAUGGAAACGCAUGUAAAGGCGACCACCAAAAAGCUAAGCGUCGCUCCUAAGAUUCCUAUGCCACAAAACAUAUUCUCAAGCGGUAGAUUAAAUUCUAUAGGCUAUGAUAUGGGUUUUGUACAAGAUGUGGAUGUUAUUAGAAAGUCAGUAGAAGAUGUGAGUAUUUCUGCUCUUGUUUCUAUACUUCAAAAAUCUUAUAAAAACCAUUGUAUAGAAGGUGAAGAGAAUAUUAUCGAAGGUGGUGAUAGUAAAUGUAUUACUGUAAAAAAUCCUGCUGAUUCGAAAGAAGUUUUAGCAAGAUUAAGGGGCGCUAGUAUUAAAGAUGUUGAGCGUGCACUGGAAUCUGCACAUAAGUACUUUGAUGAGUGGGCUUAUUUCAGUGUUGAGAAGAGAGCUGAAAUUCUGGACAAAAUAGCUGAUUUAAUGCAUCAUAAUCGUCAUACUCUAUAUGCACUUCUUAUAAGAGAGGCCGGCAAAAAUAUAAAGGAUUGUAUAGGUGAAGGUACGAGCUCUUAUGUCGGGGCCAAUGACGAUGGACUGAUAUACAGUCCUUGGAACUUUCCUUUAGCAAUCUUUUGUGGACAGAUCUUUGCUGCAUUGGUAUGUGGAAAUACUGUAAUAACGAAGCCUUCAGAAUUAACUUCUUUAAUAGCGCUUUACACUGUUGAUUUAAUGCGUUCUGCUGGGGUGUCGGAUGAAGCGCUACAUUUAUUGCUUGGUGCAGACGGGCAGAUAAGCAGACAGUUGACAACUGAUAAUAGGGUGUCUGGAGUUUGUUUUACAGGUUCGACUGUGGUAGCUCGUUCUAUAAAUGUUGCUCUGGCUUCUAGAAAUGCGCCUAUAGCUACUUUGAUUGCGGAAACGGGUGGACAGAAUGCUAUGAUCAUUGAUAGCUCUGCUUUAUUAGAGCAAUCUGUGGAUGCGAUAUUGCUCUCCGCAUUUGGUAGUAUAGGACAAAGAUGUACUGCUUUACGUGUUCUUUAUGUUCAAGAGAAGGUAUAUGGGCCUCUCUUAAGAAUGCUUUCAAGUGCGUUGCAGGAGAUUAAGAUCGGUAAUACUUUGGGUUUCUCAAACGAUCUUGGUCCUGUUAUUAGCGUUUCUGCUAAAAAUUCUUUAGAAGCUCAUGUGGAACGUAUGCAGAACAAUGGUUUCAAAGUAACGGUGUGGAGUGGCGAUCUUGAGAGUGCAGAACAUAAAGAUGGAUAUUUCAUUGCGCCUUGCAUAAUAGAGAUAAACAGCAUUCAUGACAUCAAAGAAGAGAAUUUUAGCCCAAUACUGCACGUUAUCCCUUAUCAAGCAAAGAAUAUUGAUAAUGUAAUUGCCGAAAUAAAUAGUACAGGAUUCAGGUUGACGUUUGGAAUGCAAUCUCGUAUCGAGAGAAAUUUUAGGUAUGUAGCAAGCAAAAUAAAAGCUGGAAAUAUCUAUAUGAACAGAUCUACUACAGGUGCCCAGGUUGAAUCGCAUCCAUUUGGUGGAGAAGGAAAUUCUGGUACUGGCUUUAAAGCUGGAGGGCCAAAUUAUCUUCUAAAAUUUGUUACAGAGAGGACAUUGACGAUAAAUACUACUGCUGUUGGUGGGAACUUCAAGCUUUUAAGUGAGAGUUUCGAUAAUGCUUAG